AUGAAAGGCAACACCAUUCCUUCACCCAUCUUCGUCAAGAAGAAGAAGCGCCCAAUAAUUUUGUUAAUACUGCUAGAACUCCUUUUCCCAGUGCUGGUAGAGGACGUGGAUAUGGCUCCUCUGGCUCUUCUUCUUCCUCUCAAACCAACGUUGGCAGAGGAUAUUUUUCUCCUAAAAAUUCUGACAAAGGAAAUGGAAAAUACUGUGUUUAUUGCAGGCGUGAUGGACACACGGUGGAUGAAUGCUAUGGAAAGCAUGGAUACCCUCCGGGUCAUCCUCGUUACCCCGAACGUCCAAAAUUUCAUAACACAUCGUUCUUCUCUGUCAACAGUGCCAACACCACCACCUAAGAAAUCUCUCACGAAGAAGACAGAGUUUCUAGGGAUUCCUCCAACGGGCCAAGUCUUGUUAUCACACCAAGUCAAUAUCAAUGUCUAA